AUGGCAUCUUCUUCUUCUUUUGCGAGUGAUUCACAAUAUUGUCCUCGAUGGAAGUACGAUGUUUUUCUAAGUUUUAGAGGUGAAGAUACCCGUAAAACAUUUACGAGUCACUUGUACGAAGGUCUGAAAAACAGGGGAAUAUUCACCUUUCAAGAUGAUAAAAGGCUAGAGCAAGGCGAUUCCAUCUCAAAAGAACUUUUGAAAGCUAUCGAAGAGUCUCAAGUUGCACUCAUUGUUUUCUCAAGGAAUUAUGCUACAUCGAGGUGGUGCUUGAAUGAACUAGUGAAGGUCAUGGAAUGCAAGGAGGAAGAAAAUGGACAAACAGUCAUACCGAUCUUCUAUGAUGUGGAUCCAUCACAUGUUCGAUACCAAAGUGAGAGCUUUGCAGAAGUAUUUGCCAAACAUGAAUCGAGGUAUAAGGAUGAUGUUGAGGGGAUGCAGAAGGUGCAAGGAUGGAGAACUGCUCUAACAGCUGCCGCAAAUCUAAAAGGAUAUGAUAUUCGUGACGGGAUUGAAUCAGAGAAAAUUCAGCAGAUUGUCGACCACAUCUCUUCGAAAUUUUGCAAGAGUGCUCGUUUUUUAUCUUAUUUGCAAGAUGUUGUGGGAAUAAAUGCUCAUUUAGAGGAACUAAAAUCCCUACUUCAAAUAGAAAUCAAUGAUGUUCGGAUUGUAGGUAUAUGGGGAAUAGGCGGAGUUGGUAAAACGACGAUAGCAAAAGCCAUCUUUGAUACUCUAUCUCAUCAAUUUCAAGCAGCUUGUUUUCUUGUAGAUGUUAAAGAAAAUGCAAGAAAGAAUCAACUACAUUUCAUACAAAAUACCCUUCUCUCUGAAUUGUUAAGAAAAAAUGAUAAUUACGUCAAUAAUAAGUAUGAUGGGAAGUGUGUGAUUCCGAACAGGCUUUCUUCAAUGAAGGUGUUGAUUGUGCUUGAUGACAUUGAUGAAAGAGAUCAUUUGGAGUAUUUAGCAGGUGGUGUUGGUUGGUUUGGUAAUGGCAGCAGAGUUAUUGUAACAACUAGAAACAAACAAUUGAUAGAGAAGGAUGCUGCAAUAUACAAAGUGCCUACACUACCUGAUGAUGAUGCUAUGCAAUUGUUCAAUAAGCAUGCUUUUAGAAAAGAAGUUCCAAAUGAAUGUUUUAAGAAGUUAUCGUUGGAGGUAGUAAAUCAGGCUAAAGGCCUUCCUUUAGCCCUCAAGGUGUGGGGUUCUUUGCUACAUAAGAAAGACCUUAUUCAGUGGAGAAGAACGGUAGACCAAAUAAAGAAAAAUUAUGAAAGAAAAGAAGUCAUGCAAAUUGUUGAGAGCUAUGAUUCUGGAGCUGAAUACAUAUUGGAUGUCCUAAUUGACAAAUCCCUUGUGUUCAUCUCUGAAUAUGAUUAUAUUGAAAUGCAUGACUUGAUUGAAGAUAUGGGCAAAUACAUAGUGAAAAUGCAAAAAGAUUCCAGCAGAAUAUGGAAUGUUGAAGAUUUCAAAGAUGUGAUAAUGAACAAUAUG